AGGGAGAAGGAUGCACAUGAAGCCAUCGAGGCAGCAAAUGUUGCGAAGUCUCAAUUUCUAGCCAUGAUGAGUCAUGAGCUUCGGACUCCAAUGACUGGUUAUAAUUCUCUUCUAUGUUCUUGGGUUGUUAUCAAUUUGCAGCUGUGUAUUGGGCAUGCUGGACCUACUUCUGCUGACAUCUCUCACGCCUGAGCAGGGGGGCUAUGUCAAGGUUAUGCAAGUAUCUGCUGAGAGCCUCAUGCAGGUCUUGAAUGAGAUCCUUGAUUUCUCCCGAAUUCAGUCAGGCCAUAUAGAUCUGCAGACAACAGAUUUCCACAUUGGGGAGCUACUCGAUCAGGUCAAGGCUUUGUUUCAAGGGAAACUACAGGAAAAAAUGUUGAGACUUUCAGUUUCCAAGCCACCUGCAGACGAGAUGGCUGUUCGAGGUGAUCCUAAUCGACUUCGGCAGGUACUCACAAACCUGCUGAGUAAUGCAAUUAAGUUCACUGAGCGAGGCGAAAUAAAGAUCAUAUGGAAGCGCGUCGAUGAAAUGAUUUUACCAACAGGCCAGGAUAACCCAGAUGUGGUGCAAGCCACUAAUGUUCUUGCUGACCAGAGCUCGCAGGGGCAUGUACAAGAUGAAAAGGCGCAGAACGUUCAUUUCGAAUUCCCAAAACCUCCCGAGCACUCCGACACUGGUUUGGAGAAAGCUGCUAAGGGUGUCCGGGACCCAUCUUCCAUCGAGUCAAGGCAUCAGCCACUUCAAUUAGAGUGUGAUAUGAGAGAUGCAGAUUACGCAGAAUCUGAUACCCUGUUCGAUACAAUCGGGGAGGAUGGCGAAGGUUCUGUGAAUAUGGAAGGGCCCUUUGAGAAACCACCGCUUUGGUUUGAGGUUCGAGUUGAAGACACAGGAAUAGGGCUUACGAAGGAGCAACAAGAUCGACUGUUUCAGUCGUUCUCUCAAGCUGACAGCAGUACUACGAGGAAGUUCGGGGGCACAGGUCUGGGGCUUGCCAUUUGCAAAGGUGUGGUGGAAGCAAUGGGAGGUAGGAUAUGGGUUGAAAGUGAAGUGGACGUGGGAAGUACGUUUGUGUUUUGUGUGGCACUUAGACCAGCCCUUAGUCCUUGUAAAUACUUGUACGAUGCGGAUUUCCUUUCACCUGAAGGGGACAAGAGAGAGUCAAACUGGAAGGUGGAAGGGAGGACCCUUCGAGUCCUUGUUGCAGAGGACAACAAGGUGAACCAGCUUCUUAUAAGGAAAAUGCUCAAACAUUAUGGCCACGAGGUUGAACUGGUGGGUAAUGGGCAGCUUGCAGUGGACAAGAUCCAAAAUGGCCAAUACGACAUGGUCUUAAUGGAUUUGCAAAUGCCUGUUAUGGAUGGACUUAGUGCCACUAAAGCGAUUCGAGCUCUGAGUGGUAGAGUAGCCGAUAUUCCAAUCUUUGCCUUGACUGCUGAUGUUUUGACUCAAGGCCGGGAGAGCCUUGGAGCUAUGGGAUUAACUGGGUAUUUGACAAAACCUAUUAAUUGGGAUGAUCUUUCAGACAAAAUCAACCAAAUAGUGCAGAAUAAGACCAUGCGAGUUUGUUCACCUAGAACACCAUAAAAGACAGUUUUAACUCUAUACGAGAACCUGUAAUAUUUUUUUAAUAAAAUUAAAUGGCAGAGGGAAACUGCAUACUUUUAAGCUCUUGCAAUGCUUUUGAGUUUUGCUUCCUCUCUGAUCUACAUGCA